AGCAAAGGAGAAAGAGAGGAGGAAGAGGAGAAAGAAGAAGCCGAGCGCUCACUCCUCUCUUGGCGCGCCAGGCUCCUCGAUGGCGAACGCCAGCGACCUGACAGGAGCCAGCAGCCCGACAGCCCCAAGUAACGGCGCGGGCGGCGGGGGCAGCGGCGGGGGCGGGGGAGGCGGCGGCCCGGUUGCACUGGGCCUCAAGCUCGCCUCACUCAGCCUCAUCCUGUGCAUUAGCCUGGCGGGCAACGUGCUAUUCGUGCUGCUCAUCCUCCGAGAUCGCCACCUGCACCGGGCGCCCUACUACCUGCUGCUCGACCUGUGCCUGGCAGACGGGCUGCGUUCGCUCGCCUGCUUCCCAGCAGUGCUGUUGUCCGUGCGCCGGGGCGCGGGCGCCGCCGGAGGGGCACCGCCGCCCGGCACUUUGGGCUGCAAGCUGCUCGCCUUCCUGGCGGUGCUCUUUUGCUUCCACGCCGCCUUCCUGCUGCUGGGCGUGGGCGUCACCCGCUACCUGGCCAUCGCCCACCACCGCUUCUAUGCCAAGCGCCUGACGGGCUGGCCGUGCGCCGCGGUGGUGUGCGUGGCGUGGGUACUAGCCCUGGCCAUGGCCUUCCCGCCUGUCCUGGACGUGGGCACCUAUCGCUUCGUCCGGGAGGAGGCGCAGUGCACCUUCGAGCAUCGGCACGUCGGGGCCAACGACACGCUGGGCUUCAUGCUCAUGCUGGCCGCUGUGGUGGGCGCCACCCAUCUAGUUUACCUCCGCCUGCUCUUCUUUAUCCAUGACCGCCGCAAGAUGAAGCCAGCUCAGUUGGUGCCUGCUGUCAGCCAGAACUGGACCUUCCAUGGGCCCGGCGCCACAGGGCAGGCGGCAGCCAACUGGACAGCGGGCUUCGGCAGGGGUCCUACGCCGCCCACGCUGGUAGGGAUCCGCCCGGCAGGCCCGGGACCCGGUGGGCAGGCCCGGCGCCUCCUUGUGCUGGAGGAGUUUAAGACUGAGAAGAGGCUCUGCAAGAUGUUUUACAUGAUCACCCUUCUCUUUCUCCUCCUCUGGGGCCCCUACAUCGUGGCCUGCUACCUGAGGGUCUUCAUCAAGGCCGGCGCCGUACCCCAGGGCUACCUGACCACCUCGGUGUGGCUCACCUUUGCUCAAGCCGGCGUGAACCCCAUCCUGUGCUUCAUCUUUAACAAGGAGCUGCGCGUCUGCUUCCGAGCCCAUUUUCCCUGCGGGCAAAGCCCCCAGACCACCCAGGGGACCCUUCUCUGCGAUUUGAAAAGCAUUGGCAUAUAA